CUUCGAAGUUACAUUUAUGUCAAAAGCAAUGGCCAACGGCUUGGUAUUUGCUGUCCUACUUUUGAAGGUUAUCUUUCUUAAAUCCAGCGCAACCGCUGAAGAUUUUUCAUUGCGACACUUGGGCUGCUUUAAAGAAACACGAAAUAAGACAGCAAUACCAAACCUUUUAGCCACUCUUCCUAAAGACAAUGACCCCGUUCAAAAUUGCGCUAAUUUAACCAGUAAGACGGGUUACCGAGUCUUUGGUUUAAGACCAUUUAAUGGUACUAUUGGAUGCUUCUCAAGCAAAGAGGCGUAUACAAAUUAUAGAGGAGAUGGUCCAUACAACGGCUGCCUGGACGGAACUGGUCAAUCAGGAGCGAAUGAUGUCUACUUYAUAACGGUGUUCAAUCUCUAUCUUACAAUAGUGGAUAAUAACUUUGACAUAAAUCUACUACAACCUUCACAUGCAAUGUUUUUGGAGAGAGVCAACGAAACGAGUGAAAAGGUUCAAAAUAUUACCAARACUUUAGAUGGCUCGUGGAAAAUUACGAAGAUUGAUUUCAGGCCUGUUAAGAACGGCUUGGCUAUCUACACAAGUACCUGCGUACUUAUGGUAAAUUACAAUGGAACAAAUGACUUGGAAAAUAUAACCCUUACUUUCCAGAAAAGUUUUGCCGAAGCUUACAAGGUGGAAGUAACAGUUUUGGACAUGAGAUGUCAAUACACAAGUGUGUCAAUGUAUCUUAGUGAUCAAUAUACGACUCCACAAGGGAUGUUGUGCUCCAAGAAAUAUACCAUAGGAGUAAAUAUCAAGCCACUGACUUGUAACACAAGUGAUGUUCAAAUCGUAAAUGUCGCAAAGGCAUUCUUUGUCGAUCCCAUCAGUUUACAAAUAAAGGUUCCAGCUAUUACACUAGACCAUGAUAGUUCUGCAAAUCCAGUCAUUAACCCUGGAAAGCUUAAUUAUGGAAUUUAUCUGAUAAGAUAUAGGACUUAUAUCAAAUACUCUGGACCAAUUCAAGAAUUCCGAUAUGGAUAUAUCAAAAUCAUUGAAGACGAACCAACCUUGAUGGUGACAACAUCUCCUUCCACCCUUACAAGCAUUGAUCCUCUUGAACACAAGACCAUUUCUCUGCAUGCAAAUCUUACUUUUCGUUAUGGAUGUCCACCAGAAGCGGGUUUUGACUGGAGAUUUGUAAAAUACUAUUGGUACUGUAGACGUUCAACGGAGAAGCCUUUGUUUUUUGUAAGAGACUUGAAUGCCCUUCCUUACGUCACUCCAUCGCUCAACUCGAGUGUAGACAAUGGAGGCUGCUUUGGCACGGGACCUGGUUUACUGAAUACGUCAAACUUUGAAUUAGUUCUCAASACACGACAGCUGCUACCCAAAGAAAUAUUAMCAGUGGAAGUCAUAACCAUAAGAAAUAACAAUAGAUUUUAUAAGAUGGUUACCAUGGAGGUUAUUCCCAAGAAUGAUUCGUGGUCAUCAGGUAAGUGCAUGUAG